UAAGAAGAACAUAUCCCACCCCCCAAAAUAGCGCCCCCCCUCCCUCCGAGAUCAGAUUUUUUUCGUCUUUCUUGAUGAAUUAAAUCGUGCCCUUUUAUUCCUAUACCCAUAUAUAUAUAUAUGUAUAUAUAUGUAUGUAUGUAUGUAUAGAUAAUAGAUCACCACCACAAUCACCACCGCCGCCGCCGCCAGUUAUGUCUUCUUCUAACAUAAGCGCGCCGCCGUCAGGGAUCAAGCUGUUCGGAGCGACGAUCUCCGUCGUCCAUCAGAAGCCAUCCGACGGUGAGGAUAAUCCCAAGAAAUCCGACGGCCAGCAGCAGCUGAUGAUGGAGAAAAGGCCCGACAAGAUCAUCCCUUGUCCGAGGUGCAAAAGUAUGGAGACCAAAUUCUGCUACUUCAACAACUACAACGUUAAUCAGCCCCGCCACUUCUGCAAAGGCUGCCAGAGAUAUUGGACCGCCGGCGGCGCCCUCCGGAACGUCCCCGUCGGCGCCGGCCGCCGGAAGGCCAAGCCGCCUGGACGGGUCCUCUCCGACGGCUGCUUCUUCGACGCCUCCGGACGGGUUCAGCACCUCGAUUUCGUCGACGCCGCCGCCGCCGCCGCCGUGGUCGACGACUGCCAGUGGCGGGUGGAGGACGACCACGGCGGCGGUUUCCGGCAGCUCUUCGCCGGGAAGAGGAGGAGAUUCGCCUCCGGUAGUCAAACUUGCUGAUCAUCUAAUUCCCAACUUGUCUUGUAGUUAUUUAAUUAAAAAAAAAAAAAAAUUAAUCAAAUUUAAAAAAAAAAAAACAAAAAAACAAAAAACAAAAAACAAAAUUGAUACUUUUAAUGGCUCCUGCUGUACAGACAGCCAGGCUGUCCUAAAUUUUUAAGUCCGUAUGUAAUUAAUUUUCUUGCGUACGUACGUAUGUAUUUUAAUCGUA